AUGGCUUCUUCUCCUUUGAGAUCGAAAUCCAACUACCACGCUCAUUCUGUCAGCUGGACCUCCAGACCUCACCCGCUCAUUCCUCAUGUCGAUGAGAGUUUGAGGCUAAGUGGACUUCAAAACAUGUUUGAUCGUUUGGACGAUCUGCUUCUGUUGCCACACACUCAACAAGCCCACCGGACAUGGGUCGAAGAGGUUCUGGAAAAGUAUCUCAGGUUCUUGGAUAUUUGUGCUGCCGCUAAAUGUGUGUCCACCCAAACAAAACAAGAUGUACAAAACCUUCUUUCCAUUUUAAUGAGAAGAAGGGAUUCAAAUGACUGUGCAGGAUACCUAUCAUCAAGAAAGAAGGCAAAGAAUACGAUCCAAAAGUCUCUAAAGGAUUUGAAAAGUACCAAAAAUUCGAAGAGUGUCAAAAGCAAUACUACCAUAGUAGGAGUCAUUGGCUUGUUAAAUGAGGUUGAAGCAGCCACAGUCGGGGAGUUUGAGUCUUUAUUGUCGUAUAUUGCAAGGAAAAAGGUGGCAUCAAGGGUGAGUGGGUUUUCCUUGGUUUCUAAACUGAUGCACCGAAAGAGCAUUGCAUCAAACAAGGAAGAAACAAACACCAACGCGUUUGAGAAUUUUGAUGAUACAUUGCGCUCACUCAACAGUCACAGUCACAAGACUGAUGGUGUAAUACACAUGGAGAAUGUGCAGUUGGGGAAGAUGGAGUCGAGCAUUCAAGAUAUAGAAGGACUAGAAUGCAUGUUCAGUUUUCUGGACAGCCUGAGUUAUGUUAGUCAGACUCACUCCAUCUUGGUAGAUAACGGAAAGAUGUGGGAAGCCAUGUGGAAUCUGCUAGCCUUGUCGUCCACGAUCAUUUAG